GCUCCUAGGAAAAGUGCCAAGCAGUGCAAACAAGGUGGUAAUGGAAACUUUGGGGAACCAUCCAGUUCAGCUCAGUUAAAAGUCUGAGCACAGAAGGAAGGAUGGUGGAGGCUACCCUAGCCCACUGAUUUGGGGCUUCAGCAAGGGAGACAGUGCUUUGCGUUCUUAGCUCUUCCUGGAGACUCUUGGUCACCAUGGUGCUCCUGAAAAUUCACUCAAGGAGAAGUAUGGUCCAGUCUUCACUGUGUACAUGGGUUCCCGGCCAGUAGUUGUUUUAUGUGGACAUGAGGCAGUGAAAGAGGCCCUGGUAGACCGGGCAGAUGAGUUCAGUGGCCGCGGAGAACUGGCUUCGAUAGAGCGAAACUUCCAAGGUCAUGGUGUAGCUCUGGCUAAUGGAGAACGAUGGAGGAUCCUCCGACGCUUCUCCCUGACCAUUCUUCGGGACUUCGGAAUGGGAAAGCGGAGCAUUGAGGAGCGGAUCCAGGAAGAGGCUGGCUUUUUACUAGAGGAAUUACGGAAGACCAAGGGUUCUCCCAUCGAACCCACCUUCUUCCUGAGCCGCACUGUCUCCAACGUCAUCAGUUCUGUCGUCUUUGGAAGGCGCUUUGACUAUGAAGACCAGCAGUUCCUGAAGCUGCUGCAGAUGAUCAAUGAGAGUUUCAUUGAGAUGAGCACACCCUGGGCACAGCUGUAUGACAUGUAUUCCGGGAUCAUGCAGUACUUGCCAGGAAGACACAAUCGCAUCUACUACUUGGUAGAAGAGCUCAAGGACUUCAUUGCCUCUAGGGUGAAGAUCAACGAAGCAUCUUUUGACCCACAAAACCCUCGGGACUUCAUUGAUUGCUUCCUCAUCAAGAUGUACCAGGAUACAAAUAAUCCCCACACAGAAUUUAAUCUCAAGAAUUUGGUGCUGACCACACUCAACCUAUUCUUUGCUGGCACAGAGACUGUGAGCUCUACACUACGUUAUGGAUUGCUGCUAAUGAUGAAGUACCCUGAGGUGGAAGCCAAGAUCCAUGAAGAGAUUGACCAGGUGAUUGGACCACACCGGAUCCCAAGUGUGGAUGACAGAGUGAAGAUGCCCUACACAGAUGCUGUGAUCCAUGAGAUACAGAGACUGACAGAUAUCGUACCCAUGGGUGUUCCCCAUAAUGUCAUCCGGGACACUCAUUUCCGAGGCUACCUUCUGCCCAAGGGCACUGAUGUGUUCCCGCUGCUUGGCUCCGUUCUCAAAGACCCCAAAUACUUCCGCUAUCCGGAUGCCUUCUAUCCUCAACACUUCCUGGAUGAGCAGGGCCGCUUCAAGAAGAAUGAAGCCUUUGUACCUUUUUCCUCUGGAAAGCGCAUCUGCCUGGGCGAGGCCAUGGCCCGCAUGGAACUCUUUCUCUACUUUACGUCCAUCCUUCAGAACUUCUCUCUACACUCGCUGGUGCCGCCCGCUGACAUCGAUAUCACACCCAGGGUCUCAGGUUUUGGCAAUAUCCCUCCAACCUACGAGCUCUGCCUCAAGGCCCGCUGAGUGCCCCCUACUGGGCACGGAAGGAAGCGUCGGAGACCAGAGCUCUGUCCACGGAUACGAACGAGUGCACCAGCUCACCUCCUCUAAGGUGGAGAGGCGCUCACAACAGCUUAAAUUCUCACAACAGCUCUAAGAGAAGGCACUGUUUCUACUGUCAUGGGACUGCACGUCAGGGAGGGUUACCUGCAAAAAUAGAGCUAUGUAUCGGCUGCAUCCAAUGGAAAAGCCAGGCGCUGUCCAAGAUUUCAGCAACAAUCUGGAGAAUUUGUGUUCUCUUCCCCUCUACGGUGCUUCCUGUCUUCACCAAAUUCUUGUUAUAGAUUCUAUGUCUUUUUGUGAUAGUGACCCAAAUGUAGUGCACCAUUCGUCUCCCUAAUUAUCAUCUCCCACAUAAAAUAAAAUAAAAUAAAUAAAUAAAUAAAAGUAGCCAGGGAGU